AUGUCGGGGUGUGUCUCUUUCAACAUUAACUAUAAUGAAACGUGUGAAAUUAACACUACACCGUUAGACUUUCACAAUAGUAACAUAAUAAAAGACUCUUUAUGGAGUAUUUUUGAAAAGGGACACUGUGGACUUGGAAGAAACACAACAACAUCUUGCCUUUUAUUGCUUUAUGAAGAAGCAUGGCAUGGCGGUAGAGAUAUUUGUCUCAGCGGACAUGGAGAUUUAGUGAAGAUUGCCAGCGAAUCUGACAACCACGAGAUAUCAGUGAUGUUGUCAGAUAUGUUCCCCGGAACAUUAGUUCUGGUGUGGAUUGGGUUAAAUAAAGUGAGUUCAGAAGAAUUCAUUUGGCCAGAUAUGACACCACUGAGUUUUAAUAAAUUCGGUAAUGGACAACCUGAUACAGCUAGAAAUUGUGUUCUUCUGACUGGUUCCAAUCUUAACAGCUACUACUGGGUGACGAGGAGCUGCUCUGAAACAUGGACAUAUAUUUGUGAAAGGAGAAACAAAUGA